AGCAGCAGAGUGCAGUUGGCAACAGCAGGUUGCACAGGGUGCCGGGAGGGAGGCGACGUGUGUUGCAAGCAUGGCAUGGGGUGAGGCCGGAGAGUCGGCCGUGGCCGUCGGCGAGAGCACGGGCCAUGUCGAGGUGCUGAGACUGGGUAUGGUGGACGGGGUGAGUGGGACUGGUGCUGAGACUGGGUCGGGGAAGGACAAGAACUUGCGGCUGCUCGCCCGGAUCGAUGCAAAGACCGGGCCCAUCACCGCUCUCGCUGCCGGAUGGCUCUCAGGUCUUGCGGCACAGGAUCUGCUGGUGGGCGAUGAUGCUGGCGCUGUGGCGGUGGUCGGCGCAAGUACAGGGUCAGUCCUAGCCCAUCAUGCCCUGGGCGACGCGUCGGUGGUGGCUCUCGCUGCGCCGCUUCCGGACGCCACCGCGGCCGGGACCGGAAGUGGCGUACUGGGCGGCAUUCCUGCCUCCAACCUUGCUUACGCUGCGCUGCUAGAUGGAUCGGUGGUGGCGUUUGACGCACGGUGUGUCAUGUUUGUGGUGAGACUUGCUGACAUCUCCCUGAGAUCGCUAGUCCCGCCACCGGGUGAGCCGGCUGACGGCCCGAGCCGAGACGCUCACGUGGCGGCGGCCGUCGCAGCACUGGAGACCUCGCUCGCGCCGCCCGCCAUCACGCUCUUUCGCGCCCGACCCGACGGCCCCCCGCUGGUGCUGGUCGCAUCGGGGACGUGCCUGCUGGCGCUAGCAGAUGCAGCCGUGGUGUGGGCCCGGUCGCUUGAUGUGGCCAUCACAGCGCUCGCCCUCGCGCCCGAUGGCGCGGUGAUCAUCGGCACCGCUGACGGCGUCGUCCACCGCGCCACUGCCGAGGAUCUGGCCGCCGAGAGCCGCCCUCUCCCGGUCUUUGCCGCCCUCACCACCGCCGUAUUUGCGCUUGCCACCUCCCCGACCCGUCUCGCCAUCGCCACCGCCUCGCCAAAGGUGGCCAUCCGGUCGUAUCCAGGCGGAGAGCUGCCGGCCCCAGGCCAUGUCGAGCUCACGUCGUGGCCGGUCGGCGUCGACAUCUCGAACUCAUCACUCAUCACCGUCUCUGACGACGGCUGCCUUGUCGUCACUGCCCUCGACGACAGUGGCCUUGCACCGAUGUAGCCAUGCGCGCCACCUGCACCGCCCUACUCGCUCGCAGUGCAGAUCGUAAAGCUAGCCAGCCAGCUC